AUGGAGUACGGGGACGACACUAAAAUCUCUGAACUCAUAGCAUUGUAUGCUGAAGAUAAGACUCUCAAUCUUAUUCUCUUCAUAGUCACAUUACUGGAGUCAAUCACGGGUACCUUGGGAAACCUUCUAGUAAUAGCUGCCGUAAUCGUCAACAAGAAACUUCAUAAAAUCCACAAUGUGCUCGUGAUGAACCUAGCCUUUGCAGAUCUAUGCGUCUCAUCAUUUCUCAACAUCUUCUACCUGAUUGGCAUUCGAAACCACGGCCAAAAUCUACUGUCCAAUCAUAUUCUGUGCCAGUUCACCGGUUGCCUGUGUACCGUAAGCUGCGUUGCGUCGGUCUUUAGCAUUGAUGCCAUUGCUGUGAACCGCUACGUUCGCAUCUGCCAUGGCCGCGCCUAUGAUGUCCUCUUCACAAAAUGCACCACUAUCCUUUAUGUCCUGUGUAUUUGGGGAGCUGCAUUCGCUGUAGACUGGGUACCCUUCUACAUCUUACAAGGAUAUGACGUGCAUCAGCUCGUACCCCAGGUGUUUUCUUGUAUGAGUCGACCUUCUCCCACUUAUGGUUUUGUCGCUCUAGGUCUCAGUAUGUCUCUUAUAAUAUACUGUUAUUUGCGCGUUUGGUUGAAAGUGCUCGCGUCAAAAAGAAACCUGCAGAAAUUUGCCGGUCGGCAGCGCGCAGUGAUGACGAAAACGGACUACCGUCUCCUGCGUACACUUCUGAUUCUCGUACUGUCGGUGGUGAUCCUCGUGGUCCCUUUCAACAUCGUCUACAAUGCCUCGAUUUCCGUUGAGAGGGAGACCGUGCAAGACGUUCCUCACAAAUGA